AUGGGUAGACUGGUGCCAGAUCCAUCAGUCUGUGUGCUGGACUUGCAGCAGGUUAUCAACCAAUUUUGCAAAGAGAAGGGCAGUCAUGACCUUUGGAGUUUGUUGGCACCAGAGCCAUCAAAAAAGGUUACCUGGAAAACAGCACCUGAUCCAGAGUGGUUGCACAAAAUAUCACCUUUUCUCAUCAAAUUGGUCUCAGUUGUGAAGAACCUUGUGGUUGCAUCAAAGAAGUUGAAGACAGCCAUGGUGAAGAUUCAGACCACUCAGCAAAGACUGAACUAUUCAAAGAUGAAGGAUGAACAAUUUUUUGACCAGUUGGACCAAUACAUUCGUAUAGGAGCUGCACAGAUCAGAACACUGAAGAUCAACCAGGCAGACUUCAUUAGAGUUGCCAAGAAAUGUAGCCAAGAAGAAAAGAAAGCCAUUGAAGAAAUUUUGGAGCUGGAUGGAAAGCUUGAAAGUGAUGAGACCCGACCUGAUUCCCAAACACCACACCCUCCCAUGGCAAAGGCAGGUCAAGAGCCAAGCAGCAGCUCCACUGGAGCUUGUGGAAGCCCUGGUAAGGAUCUCUUUGGUGUUUCAAGCAACUUUUUCCAACAGUUUCACAGCCCAGAAAAAGCAAAAGAGACUACAAGUUGCACAGACCUGGUACUACAUGAAGGCAGCAAACCUUCCUAUAAAAGAAGCUUUGCUAAAAGCAACCUCACUUUGGAUGAAAAAAACGACACCAGUAGGCCUACCUUGAGGAGACAGCUGGCAAAGAGCAAUUUUGACUUGGACAGUCAGGAUUUGCAAACACUAGCACUGGCAUUAGAAUGCAAGAGCCACAAAGCAACCUCUGAUGUCAAUGAGCCUAAGGAGAUGAAGGCACCUGAUGAAACACAAGUAACACCCAAGAAAAAGCGACCUGCCAAGUCAAAGUCCAAAAAGGCAGCAAAGGCCCCAGCACAGCCAGCCCCCAAAUGCAAAUCCAAAGCAAAAGCAAAGAAAAAGAAAUCUUCCAGAGGAAGCCCGUCUGGUGGAUAUAAAACUACAUUUCGCCACAGAAAGACCAGCAAUGCAUACCACCUAGCCAAGAAUAUGGCUUUGAGGGCUGGCAUUAGCCCAGAGAGUGCAAGGAUCAAAGGCAAAGCUGCAAGUGCCAAGGUUGUGCAACAGAUUGAACUUGGAACUCUCAAAGAGGGUUAG